CAACAAAUGAAGUCAUAGUCAACAAGGCUUAUCUUCAAUGGGUGAAACAAGAUCAACUCAUAGCAUCUUGGCUUCUCUCCUCAUUAUCUGAGAGUAUACUCACCACCACUGUUGGGCUCAACUCAGCAAAAGAGAUCUGGGACUGCCUAAAGAAAAGCUUUGCUAGCCACAGUUUGGCCAAGCAAAUGCAGCUCAAGCUAGAGCUUCAAACCAUGAAGAAAGGUAACCAAAAGAUUAGAGAAUUUUUCAACAAGAUCAAAGGGACCUGUGAUAUGUUGGCUGCAGCUGGGCAUAAA